GGCAGCGCAAAGAAGUUCAUCGAGGAGAUGAGUGACAUUACGGAGUACAAGCAUGCGGGUGAUAAGUUCUGGAGGUCCGGAUUGGCCUUGGACGCCAGCGUCACCGACAUCACCACUUGUGCAGCCGCUACCAUCGGCCACAUCAAUCCAGAGGGCAUGGAUGGAGUGACCCAGAAGCUGCAUGAGGUCGUCAACUCAUGCUCCGAGAUUUACCUCAAGGCCAAGUUCCUGGGACAGCAGGCGAAGCCGGCUUUGGAGACACUGAAGCAGGCCCAUCAUAUCGCAAAGACGGAGUGGAAAGGUGGUGUGAUUUUUCGUGUGGAGGGCCUCUUGCUCGCGAUCUUGCUCGAGAACGAUCAAACCAACAAGGUCCGCCUCGCACGAAAAGAGAUUGCAGGCCUCGCCGGGAACACCCGUGGCAUCGGCGCCGAUGAUGUUCAUGUGGCCAUCUACAAUUCGGUGAAGAACUUGCUGCCCUCGUGA